CCAAGAUGGCGGCCUUCUCGUACAGGUUGUGUGUGACCGGAGUGAGAGGAGUCCUGUGGAGCCGGCCCCUAGUGUCUGUGCUGCCUGUUGGGGUUCGUGCGCUCUGCAACCCGCCUGAAACAUUCAAUGUGCCAUCUCGGUAUAAAGAUAAGCCCUGGGAAUAUAUGAACAGUGAAGAAUACCUUGAGCGUUAUGGGGAAAAUCUAGUAUGGGCUAGUUACAGGAGGAACUUCAAAGGAUCAAUCCCACCACAGAAAACACGAAAGAAGUGCAUUAGAGCGGGCAAGGUCUGUGGAAACCCAUGUCCAAUCUGUAGAGAUCACAACCUUCAUGUGCAUUAUCGAAACAUCAGGUUACUUGAGCAGUUUAUUUGUCCGGAUACUGGAGAGGUGCAUGAUCACACAAAAACAGGUGUCUGUAUGCAGCAGCACAAGAUGCUUGUGAAAGCCAUAACUGAUGCUCAAGACCAUGGUCUUCUCCCAGUGAUGAUACAACAAAAAGAUGUGACCUUUGGAGAAUAUUCAUAUAAACAUGGAGCUGUGACACAAACUCCACCCGCUCCAGAAGGGCCAUGGUAUUCCUGGUACGAGUGGCAAGAACCACCAGCCAAAGAAGUGACCCGACUGCGCAAGAUGUACAGGCCGCACUUGAAAAAAAUGAUGGGGGAAGAAUAA